CAGCGGUGUGCGUAUGUCCUACGUCCCCUCUACAACAUCAGUAGCUACCACUCAGAUGACCCAGUCCACGACACCUCCACUGCUACAGGAGUUAACUCCCCCUGUCGCGGUGUGCGCGGAGGCAACUAGCAAUACCACGCCGUUGGGCAGAUUGCGGAAUGCCAUGAAGAAUACGAGCUAUACGCAGUCGAACGGUUUCUUUGAUGCCUUUCUUGUGUUUUACAGUGAUGAACAUUUGAGUGAAGAACCAUCAGCAGACGAGCGUCGUCUCGAAUACAUAAGCGGUUGGGACGGGCCCGGCACAGCAGCCGUGGUGGCUGACGGUGGAGCGGCACUGUGGGUGCCGUCAGCCUACUUCCGUCGCGCCAGAAUGACGCUGUCUUGUGCCUGGCUCGUGCUGGAUGGAGAUGAUCCUAGUCAGCCUACGAUUGCUGAAUGGAUUGCUGAACGACCAGGCCGUAGUGGCCGCGUAGGUGCCGACGCGCGCCUCACCUCCAUCAGUGAAUGGCAAAUGAUCCUAUCCAGCUUGCAGCGUGAGAACUUACAGCUUAUCGCCCAUUCCACGUUGCUGGACCAGCUGUGGAACGAAGAGACAGAUCCUGAGCGAAAACGACCAGAGUUCACGAGGGUAGUCGCUAUGUCUCAUAAUCCGGAGUACGUAGGAAUGUCCUGGCAAGAAAAGGUGGCAGCCGUGCGUACAGAACUUCGUCCUGCCGGUGCGGAUGCCAUGAUCGUUACAGCACUUGAUGAAGUAGCCUGGCUCCUCAAUAUUCGUGGCAAGGACUUACCAUAUGCGCCACUGUUGAAGGCUUUCGUUAUUGUGAGCAAUAAGGAUGUGAGGAUGUACGUUCCUCCAGGAAAGCUGAUGAUGCCGGAGCGGGAUUCAUUGGCGGCGUAUAACUGCCAUCCCAAUGUUAAUAAUUGUACAAGAAUCAAUGACUACGGCAUGGUGUAUUCUGACCUCCGUCGAGCGCCAGAGACCAAGAUCCUCAUACCGACUGGAGGUACCUUCCAACGUGGAGCCUCUGCGGCCAUCAUGCAAGCUAUUCCACAAUCUAAACGGAUCUUCCAACCCUCCCCCAUCAUUUACUUGAAAGCUCAGAAGAAUCCCGCCGAAAUACAGGGCAUGAAAAAGGCACAUUUAAGGGACGCUGUUGCUAUGUGCACUGUGUUGAAUUAUCUUGAAAAGAAGGGAAAGUCGUUACUCUAUGAGGCGAUAGUGGCCGAGAAAAUAGACGCAACCCGCGCCACUCAAGCAGGAUUUCGUGGUCUUUCAAUGCGAACACGAGUUGCGUUCGGUCCGAAUUCAGCUGAACCGGAAUAUACCGCUACUAAUGCUACUAACAGACGAAUAUUCACUAACUCCACGCUUAUUAUACAGUCGGGAGGACAGUAUGAAGAGGGCACAACAGUAGUGACCCGCACAUUGCACUACGGCGUGCCAUCCCCACAAGAGCGGCGAGCCUACACCACAGUGCUCCGCUCGCUCGCGGCGCUGUCCCUGCUGCAGGCGCCGGGCACGCUGCCCGCAGCCCACGCGGACCCAGCCGCUAGGGCCCCGCUGUGGGCACAUAGACAGGACUAUCUGUUGCCUACAGGACAUGGCGUGGGCGCGGCGCUUAAUCGACGAGAAGAUCCUGUGGUCAUCGAUUACCGCCAAGAUACAAACUUACACCCGUUUCGAGAAGGAUAUUUUAUUACAAGCGAACCAGCAUGGCACGAGUUUGGAAAAUUCGGAGUAAAGCUGAGUAAUGUGCUCGAAGUGAUAUCUCGGCCAGCAGGAUUUCUGGGCUUUAGAGAAGCCACUCUUAUUCCCUACGAGCCUAAGCUUAUCGACCGAAAUUUACUCACUGAUUACGAGAUAAAUUGGCUAAACGCGUACAACAAAAGAAUUCGUACCACCAUCGGACCAGAAUUAACAGCACAGGGGCUCACAGACGUCUACUACUGGGUGAUGAACAAAACUAUAGAGAUCGAAUUGCCCUCAAAAAUGAAGAAAACUGCCUCUAGUUCUGCCAAUAAACAUUUUAUUGCAAUCUUCAUGUUAUAUUUCGUGUAUUUAUGUGCUGCUGUUGUUCAUUAA